AACCAAACAAGAUUAGAAGAAAAGAAACAAUUAGAAAGAAGUUGAAAAUACCCUUUUGAGCCAAAGAAGACAGAGAAUCCCUUUUCUACGGUGUGGCUUCUUCCACAUGUUAUUUUCUGAUAAUACAGGACAGCUCCAAAACCAGAUUUCUGAGUCAGCAAUCCCCUUUGUGAAUACUUGACACUGAAGCCCAGAACCCUGGAAUCUUUGCCCCUAAAGCAACUUUUGCCCCAAGCAAUUCUUCAAUUUCCACAGCCAUAGUUUUUUAUGACAUUUCAAUUUCCCCCAGGUAGUCCUCUUCUUCUUCCAUCUCUUAUUCUCCUUCAUCCUCCACCACCACCAUGCCCAAAUCAUUGGCUGUCACCCACGCUGACCUCGCUCCAAGUCCCCGGAGCACCGAGCUAGGAAGCAAAACUGGAGCAGUCCUCAUGGUAUUCACCAUCCUCUGUGGCCUCUUUUGCUUCAUCCUUUGCCUCAUUGCUGAAGCCACCCGCUCCCAGGAAGUUUGGAUAAGCAAUGGUGACAAAGGGAAGGAGGAGAUAUACGAGUGCGUGUACAGUAAGAGUGGGAAGACGCCGCUGUUGUGUUCUGCAGUGGCGUUUGUGGGACUGUCAGUUGCCAUGGUGGUGGAGAACGUGUAUAUGUUGGUUGCAAUCAGUAAUACACCGCCUGCUCUGGCUUCCUGGGACCCUGAUUCUCCUCCUGCGAAGGCCUUCACUUGGCAAGCAGGAUUCUUCUUUGUCACAACUUGGAUUUGUUUUGCUGUUGGGGAAAUGUUGUUGUUGAUUGGAGUAAGCGUGGAGUCAGGCCAUUUGAAAUACUGGUCAAGGCCAAGACCCAGUUGCCUCACCGUAAGGGAAGGAAUGUUCUCGGCCGCCGGAGUGUUUGCUUUGAUGACAGUUUUCCUAGCGGCUAGUCUAUACUUAACAGCAUUGCGGGCACAUAGGCUGAUUCAGAAACAGGAGAGUUUGCGGCGGGAAAUGCUGGAGGCCUCUUUCCUAUACGCAUCCCCUCCAAGGUCGCCGUCGCACCGUGUCAUUGCAGCCAUCCCCCGGGAGGAUCCGGUACCUCCGACAUUCACAUAUCCACUAGCUUUUAGCAAGCAAUCAAGCAUAGUCACGCUGGAAUAGUGUAAUACUUAAAACAAAUAUGAGAAAUUGGUCCCUCUGGCAAAGUCGGGGGCACAGGGCAUCAGCAGUAGUUUUUUCUUUUCUUUUUUUUUUUUUAAUCUGUCCCUAGGCACCAGGUAGGUCUUUGU